CCUGGAGUCUACGGUCCCGGUAUGGCCGCCACGACCACGAGAUUUCUCCACAGAAGAGCUUGAAGCGCCACGUCUCUGCUGAAAAUAUGCGUGAACAUUCCGCAGAGUUCCUCCAGCUGCUGCUGUUCUGUGUCUGCUGCUUGUCUGCAGGUCGCUCGCUGAACAUCAGCUCGGUGACUGUACCGCCGUGGGUGGAGGCAGGCAAGAGUGUGGACCUCGGCUGUACGUGGGCGCCGCCCGAGCAGGAGAUCUGGGCGGUGCGCUGGUACCGGGGACUCAAGGAAAUAUAUCGCUACACUCCCAGCAACAAUAACCCCGUGCAGGUGUUCAGUAACCCGCACCUACAGGUGGAUGCGCAACGGUCGUCCGCAGGCAGCGUGCGGCUGUUGAACGUAAGCCUGACGGCAGCAGGGCUGUUCCGCUGCGAGGUGUCGGCCGAGGCACCAGCCUUCAAGACGGUCUACGGAGAGAAAGAGCUGCGUGUCGUAGCGCUGCCCCAGCAGGUUCCUCUCAUCAGCGGCGCUGUGGGGACGUACAAGGAAGGGGACUGGGUGGACUUGACGUGCACUUCAGGCCCUUCCAAGCCCCCAGCUCUCCUCUCGUUCACCCUCAACGGCUGGCCGCCGCGCUUGAGUCACGUGGAGCCGCAGGUCGUUGGUGCUGACGAGGACGGCCUGCAGCUGUCGUCCCUGCGCCUGCGCUUCGUCCUGCAGCGUCAGCACCUGCGCAGCGCUGACGCCGGCGGUGACGUCGGCCUCGGUGGCGGUGGUGGUGGCCGGCAGGAGGCUCACGUGCGCUGCACCGCCGCUAUUCCCGCCGUCGGGUACGAGGAGGCGGCCGACGUCGUCCUUGCCACCACCGCGCGCUUCGUGGCCGCCGGCAUGGACGGAAGGACGUCGGGCGCCGCAGGGCUCGGCGUCGGGGCUUUGUGUUCCAGUUGGAUUAUGUUCCUCUUGCCACGAUUAUUGGACUGGGCUAGAGUGCCCAGAUUUUCUUCCCAGCAGUUUAUGUUACUGUACCGAGGCCCAGAGAGGUGGCUGGUCCAGUAGCCAUAAGCCACGAGGGGUGGCUGGUCCAGCAGCCAUAGGCCCAGAGAGGUGGCUGGUCCAGCAGCCAUAGGCCCAGAGAGGUGGCUGGUCCAGCAGCCAUAGGCUGAACUGAGCCACCAACAGAGUGACAAAUAAAUAAACAAGAACAAGUGUUUCGCGACUCAGUUAUUGAAUGAAAAGUGAGUAAUCACGCACUUGAGAAAUGCUUCUCUUCCAAGCAUUACUCAACUCUCCGACUCACUUCCAAUCCAAGAUUAUUUUUAAUCAUGACUCGAUUAAGUUGGUGAAAAAUUCGAAUAUUCACCACAAAAGUGAAAGGUGUACAACAAUACUAAUAACAACUUGACGUGUUCUUGAUUCAAUUUGAAUAACUUAUGCCCGUGAAUGCUGCCCUAAAUGUACUAAGUUGAAAUAUCAAGCUCUAAUUUAAACGAAAAAUCCAUCGCAUCAAUCUAGUCUGCAAAACAACUGCAACUGCGAUAAUUUAAUUGAUACUUGCGCACUUUCUGCAUGAAAUUUUUUAUUGAACUGACUAGAUAUUACAGCAUUUUUUGAUUAUCCCCAAAAUUCAACUAAAAAUAUCUUCGAACUUUAUGACCAUAAUUUUCUAUCACCAUGGGAACUCCCACUAAAUUAUAUUGUUAAUAUUAAUGAUAUUUACUGAUCACCUCAAUCACGAAAACCAUGGUAACUCAGUUUCAUUAACGGUAAUAAAAAAUUUUGCUUUGUUUGUUUUGAAACUUUAACAUAACUUAAGAUUUUGGUAGAUUCAAUCCUGGUAUCACGGUUAAAUUCGUUCAAGACAAUCAUCGAUACCCGAAUUUUUGGAAUACAGAAAACCUCCUAGCAGGACACUUGAAGGACAGCUUAUGUUUUGAAUAUCUGUGAAGGAUCUCAUGUCACCAUAAACCGUAAAGUGCAGAAGUGUGCAAUCUUUAGUACGGGACACACUGAACCACAA